CCCUACCUGGCCCGCCCCUCUUGCCCUUUGCACGCCUGCUUCAUCUGGCCAUCCUCGGCCGGGACAGCGAAUUCCCCAUGGCUUCCCCAGGCUGCGGGCUUGCCCUGCUGUGCUUUCUGCUACUGCUUCAGGAGCCCCUGGCUGCAGUCUUCAUAACCCAGGAGGAAGCGCACGGGGUCCUGCACAGGCAGAGGCGUGCCAACUCCUUCCUGGAGGAGCUGUGGCCUGGCUCCCUGGAGAGGGAGUGCAUGGAGGAGCAGUGCUCGUUUGAGGAGGCUCGGGAGAUCCUCAGGACCCCUGAGAAGACGAACCAGUUCUGGGUUACAUACACUGACGGGGACCAGUGUGCCUCAAAUCCUUGCCAGAAUGGGGGCACCUGCGAGGACCACUUCCAGCUGUACAUCUGCUUCUGCCUCCUGGGCUUCAGUGGCCGGAACUGUGAGACAAAUAGGAGCACCCAGCUGAUCUGCGACAACGAGAAUGGAGGCUGCGAGCAGUACUGCAGUGACCGCGCAGGGGACACGCGCGUCUGCCGGUGCCAUGAGGGGUACGCACUGCAGCCGGACAGGGUGUCCUGCACACCCACAGUUGAAUAUCCGUGUGGGAAAAUACCGAUUCUGGAAAAAAGAAAGAACAGCAACAUCCAAGGCCGAAUUGUGGGAGGCCGGGAGUGCCCCAAAGGGGAGUGUCCAUGGCAGGCCAUGCUGGUGUCCAAUGGGGCGCUGCUCUGCGGGGGCUCCCUGCUGGAGGCCGGCUGGGUAGUGUCUGCCGCCCACUGCUUUGACAAGCUGCCCAGCUUGAGGAACCUGUCGGUGGUGCUGGGUGAGCACGACAUCAGCGAGGUUGAUGGGACUGAGCAGGUGCGAAAGGUGACACAGGUCAUCUUCCCGGACACAUACGUCCGUGGCCAUAUCGACCACGACAUCGUGCUGUUGCGGCUGCAGCAGCCUGUGAACCUCACAGACUACGUGGUGCCCCUCUGCCUGCCGGACACGAGCUUCUCCAAGCGCACGCUGGCCAAAAUCCGCUUCUCCCGAGUCAGCGGCUGGGGCCAGCUGCUGGACCGGGGCGCCAAGGCCCUGGAGCUCAUGGCCAUCGAAGUGCCGCGGCUGAUGAACCAGGACUGCCUGGAGCAGUCUCAGUGGAGGAACAGCUCACCCGCAAUCACCAAAAACAUGUUCUGCGCCGGCUACUUGGACGGCAGCAAGGACGCCUGCAAAGGGGACAGCGGGGGCCCACACGCCACCCAGUUCCGUGGCACGUGGUACCUGACCGGCGUGGUGAGCUGGGGCGAGGGCUGCGCAGCCGUGGGCCAGCCAGGCAUCUACACCAGGGUGGCCAGGUACAUCGAGUGGCUGCGCAGGCUCAUGGGCUCCCCGCCGGUGCGAGGCGUCCUGCGGGCCCCGCUCCUCUAGCCCUGCGCCAGGUCCCUGAGUGCGUCUGUGGCUGGGGCAGAGACCCGGGCACUGCGGGCAGCCGAGAGGGAGAAAGAGACAGAGAUGGAGGGAGAGACUCUGACCAACAUGGAGACGGAGUGAGAGACCGAAGAGGAGCCCCAGGCGGCCACGGCCCAGCUGAGGCAUGCAGGCGCAUGCGCAGACACUGCGCGCCGCAGGGGCUGUCGCUCCCCUUUCCUUCCUGUACUCGCCUCACCCUCGGCUCCAUUAAACGGAAGUGUCAUCCACAGUCGGG